AUGGAAAAUAGCGAGAUCAAUGUUGAUGCUGUUGUUAUGGAUGGUGCGUCUUGGAACCGAGGUGUUUGGAAAAUAUUCGGCGUAAAUGAGAAUAAUAUCAGCUGUGAACAUCCAUAUGACAGCUCACGACGACUAUGGAUGAUAUCGGAUUUCCACCAUUUAGUUAAAUGCUUCCGAACCUCGACCUUAGAUGAUAAGCUGCAUGAGUUUAAGACUCCUUUUGGGACAGUAAAGAAACGGCAUUGGGAAGCAUUGUUGGAAGAAGAAAAUUAUCGUCAGCCAAACUUGAAAAUCGCUUACAAAUUAACACCUGCGCAUUUAAAACCAAAGGGUUUCCAAGCAAUGAAUGUUCCUCUUGCUACAGAAGUAUUCGGUCAUGAAGUAUCUGUUGCCAUGGCUCAUUAUCAAUCAACCUGCGACGAAUUAAAAGAUUCAACUCCGACUCAAAAUUUUAUUGAUCUAGUUUUUAACUUGAUCCAAGCGAUGUCAUCACGUAUACCGAGAGAUGCUUUAUAUGUAAAAGAAGAUUGCCGUCAAAGACAGGUAAGAUUGGUUAUGAAAACAAAAAAUAAUCAGAAGUUAAAAAAUUCUAGGUUUCUUUGGAAGAAUAUCACUCGACUAAGCUUUGACUAGACGAUCAUGGCAAUAGUUACCACGUCUAAAUUGUCAGG